UUCGUUCAAAUGUUGACCGUUGACAUAUAGAGAAGAAUUUUAAUUCUAUUUUAGUAAUUAAAGUCUGUAUAGUAAUAUCGUUUUUCAAUCAAUAUAGUACUCCUUUGAAAUUACAGUUUACCUUAGACGAUCUUAAAUAACAUGUAACUGUGUUGUGAUAUUUUCUUAGUCUAAUUUAUAACCUCACAAAUUUUGUGACAAACCCUAUAUCAUGGAACCUAAAAGUGAGAUUUUCUCUCAGAGACUGGUAGUCGCAGUUUUGUGGAACAUCGGAUUACAAUCAUUACUUGCUAUGCUGUUAAUCUUAAUUAUAGAAACUGAUUUAAUUCACCCGAUAACAUGGUUCUCAAGAGCUUUUUCUGAAGUGAUUGGCUGGCGAAUGGGACUUAACAUUGUGCUUCUUGGACUUGUUUCAUUUUUUCAAGCGUAUAUCUACGGCAGUUAUUACAUGAUACCCUUACCGAAGUAUUUCACUCGGUUUUCUAUGUUUUUGAAUAUAUUUUCAUUACAAAAUGUUACUUUUAGUAUACUGUAUGCCUUGAGUGGGUAUUUUGCAAUGAGCUUGUAUUCUUCAUUAGCAAAAAGUAAUUUUAACACACUUAAAAAGAAAUGUGAUCAUUAUGAUGGGCAAUGUCUUAUAGAACAAAGUUUAUAUCUACAAUUUGGUGGUAUGUGGAUAGGAAUAUACUAUUUUUUAAAUUCACAUAUAUUUCACCCCACAAUUCCUCUGUUUUCACAUGUUUACCAAGAUAAAUUUCAACAGAUUAAGCUGGCGAUUAGCAAUAUAUUAACUUCAGGAUUUAAGAAUUCUGUUAUGCCUGUUGCUUAUUAUUGCCUCUUUUAUAUUUUGUGGGGCAAUAAACUAAGAUCUGUAGUAUCUGAUGUCUACAGUCUUUACCUUGAAGAUCCACCACUAGAUAAUACAUUUAAUCUAAGCAAAUCAGGCAUUUGGAUUGGCCUGUGGUUUUACACAAGCUUGUUUUUUAUUUCUGUGUAUAUUAUGAAAACUGUUUUUAAUAUUGUCCUUACGGAGCCAAUGAAAUUCCCCAUUGAGUCUGAUAGUGGCCUGACAUUACAUAAUGCUUUAGCCCAGAAAUCACAGUUUAAUGGUUACUUGGGUGCUCAAGAUUUAAGAAUGAUGUCCAUGUGUGAUCCUGCACGAAGAUUGCAAAUCUUCACACUUUCUUUGCCUGGUGGUCACCCACGUAACUGGAAUAACUUGCUGGUGAAGUGUUUGGAUAUAAUAAAUGAGUUUACAAAAGAAAUAGAAUGCCUGAAUGGUGACAGUAAACCAGUAGAUAUUGAUAAUACUGGCCAAAGAACACAGCUCAGUUUUAGCCCUAAAUCUGCUUUGUAUACAAAUAACUUGAGGAAUAUGGCGCAGUCACCUCAACUUUUGGAAAUGAAAGAUCAUAAUAAAAACACAGUCAAUGAUACUUUUGUUAAUUCUGUGAAGGAAGAGUGCAAUACAAUGCUCCAUAAACUAUGUCAAAAACCUGGCAUAAAUUACUUUUUUGGUGAACUUAGCGAUACCAAAUUGAAAUAUUUACUGUUGCAAGCACAACCAGUUAUGUGGACCUGUGAAGGUUUGGCUGUUAUAGUAGCAGCAUCAUUGACAGAGGAUAAAUAUGGAGUAGUGCAGAAUGAUCUACCUACAAUUAUGACUAAGUUGAUAAAUCUCAAACUAAGUUUAGAUAAACUGAUGAAACCUGGACUUAUACCCAGGAAGCACAUUCUCAAUGAUGCAAUUGCAAUUAAAAUUCGAACUGCACUGAUCUCAACAGUAAAGAGAAGCAUUUAUAAAAUAGUUAUUACCUUUUCCAAGUACAUACAUGAAAUUCCUCUAGAUCCUGAUGUUCAAAUUGCCAUACAACCUUUUUUAUUAUGUAAAGAAGCAUGAUUGUGAUAAUAAUUUAAUACUUAUUUGGUUUAUAA